GAGACGCACACCUGCUUCAGGGACGAGGGUCUCCCGUGGUCUUGGUGGUGGCCCCCGGGCUUCCCUGUGCUCUGUGCGUGGUGGAGCCCUCCUUCUUCGGUAGUCUCGCUCAGGUUAACCUGGGCCCUCAAGAUUGUUGUUUACCUCAGCCCUUCUAUCCUUGCCCCUCGAAGUUUUGGGUUGUUGUAGACAGGGGAACAGAGUGAGUUGUGAUGGGCGUCCAAAAAUUGUAACUCCACUAGUUAUCCGUUCAACAAAAGCACACUGCAUUGGGGCAUCCAACGGUGAACAAGGUGUAUUUAGUUAGUCCCUGCCUUCGUGGAGCCCACAGUCCACCGGGGAUGACAGAAAAUAAACUUUUCAGGUAAAAUAUGGCUAAAAGCUUACGGAGUAAGUGGAAAAGGAAGAUGCGUGCAGAAAAGAGAAAAAAGAAUGCCCCGAAGGAACUCAGCAGACUUAAAAGUAUUCUUAAAGUAGAUAGUGAUGUUUUAAUGAAAGAUGUUCAAGAGAUAGCAACCGUGGUGGUACCCAGACAUUGUCAAGAGAAAACUCAAUGUGUGGUACAAGAUGAAAAAGAUGACAUGAAAAUGGAGACUGAAAUUAAGAGAAACAAGAAGAGUCUUCUAGACCAGCAUGGACAGUACCCCGUAUGGAUGAACCAGAGACAGAGGAAAAGGCUGAAGGCAAAGCGAGAAAAAGGGAAGGGGAAAAGCAAAGUAAAGGCAGCAAAGGGUUUAGCCUGGUAGACUCUUAAAAACUUGAAAACUCCUACAUGGGACAGGCCUUUGGUUAGAAUGUGUACAUGGAUUUCAACUUCCACCAAACGAAAACUUGGUUUCCAGGUUUCACUUGGCCUUGUUCUUCAGUUCAAACCCAACUUAACUCCUCAACUUUGUUUUGGGAGCUUGAAUAAAAUCUUUGAUGAAUGAAAGCUACACCGAUACUUUAAUUGGAUGCUUCCCAGUGUGCAGGGAUUCUCAGACAUUGCAAUUCUAUCAAGUGUUACUGUGGUUGUAACUGUUGGGUCUUAGUAAAGAUAAAAAAAAAAAAAAAAGAUCUACUGACAAAUUUGAGGUGAUUCAGGUUUAAAGAAAACUUUUAUAUAAUUUAAAAUAGAAUGUCAGUGGAUCUUAUAAGCACUACUUGUUUGGAGUUUUGAUUUUAAUUUAGAAUAAAAGAUAUUUUGUCAAGA